AUGGUUUCACAAGAUUCACCCCCAAAUUCAGCUUCUAGCAUGUUGCACCAAUUCAUUAUCUCAGACUCCAUUACUAGUCAAAACCAAUUUCAAAGCCAGAAUUUCAACGCUUUCGGUUCAGACUUACGAGGCAGCAACACAUUUCCUCAAUCUCAUGGUGUAUUGCCUAGCAUACAGUCUCUUGAGGAGAGAAUGUCUAGGUCAAUAGACCUCGUCCGAGCUUCCUCAGUCGCUCAAGAAUCAGAGAUUAGCCACACUAGACACUUAAUGGAUCUUCUUGGAGCGGCAAACGAGACCAAUCAUCAAGCUCAAAGGCUAUCACUAUCUCUUGGUUCUCACUUUCUUGUUCCUCAAGUCCAGUACAGGCAGAGAUCCUUUAAUUCGGAUCUCAUAAGUCCUAGUUACUUAAUUCCUAGAGAAGGAGAAGCCAGGGAAGCUUACAAUCCUGGAGAUGAACAAGUAAACAACGACUAUUCUCUCAUUGGUAGUGGAUUUCCUUCAUCAUCAACCUCGUUAAGUAGACCUUCUUCUUCUGCUUAUGGAACAGAAUCUUUUGCUGUUGCUAUAGGGAAUUCAAGGUAUUUAAAGCCUGCUCAAUCCCUUCUAGAAGAAAUUGUGCAUGUAAGUUGCAAGGCAGUUGAAAUGAGCAAUGAAAAGUAUGUUAGAAAGUUAUUUCGUUGUGGCCAAAGAGGAUCUCUAGGACUUUCUUCUGAAUUAAAAGCUGAACUGUGGGGUAAUGGGCUAGUGCAAGCUGAGAAACAUGAAAUCCAGCUUAAAAUUGCAAAGCUUAUCGCAUUGUUGGAGGAGGUUGAGGGCAGAUAUGAGAGAUAUUGCCAUCAAAUGGAAGAAGUUGUAUCAUCAUUUGAGGAGAUGGCAGGUUUAGGAGCGGCCAAAACUUACACAGCCCUAGCGCUUCAAGCCAUGUCCAAGCAUUUCUGCAACUUAAGAGAUGCCAUAGUGUCCCAAAUCAACGAGACAAGAAGAAAAUUCUCUCAAGAUUUACCAAAACUCAGCACAGGAUUGUCGCAACUUGGCUUGUGUGACAGAGAGACCAAACAUAAUCGGACGUCUCUUCAACAGCUUGGAAUGAUGCAGAGCCAAAGACAAGUAUGGAGACCCAUCAGAGGGUUGCCAGAGACUUCCGUAGCCAUUCUUCGCUCUUGGCUUUUUGAACACUUCUUGCACCCGUAUCCAAAUGAUUCUGAGAAGCUAAUGUUGGCAUCGCAGACAGGCUUGACAAAGAAUCAAGUUUCAAACUGGUUUAUAAAUGCUCGAGUCCGGCUAUGGAAGCCUAUGAUUGAAGAAAUGUACAAAGAGGAGUUUGCAGAUUCUUCUGAAGACUCAAGCUCAUUAUUAGGCAGUUCUUCCAUGGCAAGGGAAGGUGUGACAGAUCAUUCAGAUAACUGA